UGUUGUUCAAAUACAUUGUUAUCUUAAGCAUUCCAUCAAUGGUGUUUGCUAAUGGCUUGUUGUUGCUGUAUAGGCCAAAGGAUAUAACCCACGAAUGCGCUUUUUCGAAAUACCUACGUUUCGACAUUUCUUUCGGGAUGGGCAUGUCCGAUACAAUCACGAUGCUGUUUCGUACACUGAACGACAUAGAUUACGAAUGUUUAGUUGAAAUCGUGGCAUCAUCACCGGAGUACCUUCUCGUAGUGGUCAGAUAUCCGACGACAAUUAUAUCAAACUGUGAAGUGAACCGCGACGCCUUAACGAUACUAAAGAAAUGGCGAUGCACAAGAUUGUGUGAUUUGUUGGAUCGGGAAGUGUAUUCGCCGUAUUUCGUCUUCACAGUCAAGCAACGACUACGUUUUCUCUUCAAGAGCAAUAGCAGCAUCAAUCUUGACCUCAAUGCAAACUUUUACCAAGUUACCAUCACAUCGGCUCGAAUGGCACCGAAACGUGGUUGUUAUAAAAGGAAUGAGACAGUUUGUACUGUUGACCAAAUAAAUUAUUGUUUCACCACCGGCGUGGUUUGUGACGGCAUCAAAAACUGCGGGGUUGAUGACUGGUUCGAUGAACGAAAAGCCAGAUGCGCUUUGCCAGUGGAAAAAUUAGGUUACGCACCAGUAAUAGCAGUGGUUGUUGUGUUGUUGUGUGCGUUCGUGGCUGGAAGUCACGCUCUCUUGCGCUGUUUGCCAUCUCACGCGCAGUCAUUCUUCAUCUUCAAUGCCAAUGAGGAUAACCGCCUUUGCAUUGACCCUAUCUUGGUACCCCGAGGUCACGCUCCAGAUAUUGAACCGUUUAAACAGUCUUCACUAAUUCCAGUUUUCGGCAGUUUAUCAUCAGAUAGUGAUACAUUUAAGGAAGAAGCCGAAGUAAUUGAACUGGAGAAUAUAAAGAAAGCUAAUGAAGAAACUGUAACUAAUGAAAAAAUGGUCCAAGAAUUGGAUGAAACUUCAGAAUAUUUACCAUAUAAACCAGAAUCUACUAGAAAGAGCACAAUGAAAUCAAUGUCAGAGAAAUUACAGGAUAAAUUCAAAAUUGUGGCGAGGUACGCGGCAUUGGCAAGGUCUAGCCGAGAACCAGAAAGAGUUUUGCAAGCGUAG